CAUGUUUCGCUUUGGAGUUUGGCUGCCAUCGCUCAUUCCAAUCGUAACCAGCGCUUUGGCUGGUCGUGUGUUUCUCUCUAUUUUUAAAACACGUGGCUCGUCGAAUUGUUCAUUUCAUAACCUAUAAACUCAAAAACUACACAGUUAUCAGCUGCUGAGUGAAACGAUAAAAAGUGAGGUCUUCUCUUACGUCUUGGCACGAAACCGGCAAAAUGGUUAACGAAGCUAACGGGAGUUUGCCUCCGCCACAGGAGAUGGAAUCCUUUCUACCUCAAGAUGAAAAGAAGGAACAGAUAGUCAGCAAGACAUACAAUUUAGCCAAGGAGAAAGAUGCCGAAUCUGGAGAUUUUGAUCCUUUCGCGGAAAGAAAUUUGGAGAAUCCUACUUCUAACAUGGACACCCUGACACAUUUGUUGAAGGCUUCUCUAGGCACGGGAAUUCUUGCAAUGCCUAAAGCUUUCAAAUGCGCGGGUUUAAUUUCUGGCAUCUUCUUUACAAUCUUGGUCGCAGUUGUUUGCACACAUUGUUCAUAUGUCCUCAUAAAAUGCGCUCACGUUCUUUAUAAGAAGACUCGAAAAUCAACUAUGAGCUUUCCUGAAGUUGCAGAAGCAGCCCUUGAUAACGGGCCUGUGGGACUAAGAAAAUGGGCAAACGCUUUCAGAAUCUUCAUCCUCGUAAGCCUGUUUAUGACAUACUUUGGUACUUGCUCCGUGUACACAGUCAUCAUUGCUAAAAAUAUAAUGCAGGUUGUACUACACUACAUGGAAGAUCAAAAAGAAGUCCUUGGAAUACGAAUAUUUAUAGUGAUUCUUCUUGUACCUCUCAUUUUCAUGGUUUGGAUCAAAAAUCUGAAGUACUUGGCUCCAGUAUCAAUGGUAGCAAACCUGUUCAUGGGUCUAGGCCUCGGAAUAACGUUCUACUUCCUCGUUGGAACCGGUGGACUCGAUUUUAACCAAGUUGUAUCUGUAAAACCACCAAGUGAAUGGCCAGAAUUCUUCUCGUUGACAAUAUUUGCCAUGGAAGCCAUCGGUGUAGUUAUGCCUUUAGAAAAUUCCAUGAAGACACCGCGUUCAAUGCUUGGUUUUUGUGGAGUACUUAAUAAGGGAAUGUCAGGAGUAACUCUUGUGUAUAUUCUCCUGGGUUUCCUUGGAUAUUUGCGAUACGGAGAUGCCGUUGAGGAUUCCAUUACCCUGAACUUAGAACCUCAACCAGGAGACCCACAGGUUUAUGAAGUGCUGGCUCAAAUCGUGAAGAUAGCAAUCGCGAUUGCAGUAUACUGCACAUUUGGUCUUCAAUUCUUCGUCUGCAUUGAGAUCAUGUGGAACAGCAUUAAGGACAAGUUUACUAAAAGACCUGAGCUCGCUGAUUAUAUCACGCGUACUAUAAUGGUUACCGUUUGCGUAUUACUCGCUGUAGCGGUACCAACUAUUGGACCGUUCAUGGGUGUCAUUGGCGCAUUCUGUUUUUCUAUUUUAGGGCUCAUUGCUCCGGCAUUCAUUGAAGUUAUAACAUAUUGGGAUAUCGGUUUUGGACCUUAUAAAUAUCUUAUUUGGAAAAAUGUUAUUGUUCUGAUUUUUGGUCUAUUUGCACUUAUUUUCGGUACCAAAGACGCCAUAAUAAGUAUAAUAAAUGUUUAUAGCUCGUAGAAACGAGGGCACGAGACUGUAAGACGUAUGUUAUACUAACGUGUGAUAGUUAGUUGUCAAGCUUAGCAAUUAUUGAAGUUAAUUUAAGUAUUUUAGAUCAAUUCUGCGAUGACAGGCUUUCUUUACGACAGUGUAUCAGCGCUGUUUCGAAGUGGUGCUAUUAUUUUUUUUACUCAUAAUAGAACAUUCUCCAGCGUUGAAACGUGUCUUUUAAUAAGAGUAUUAAAGCUUUCUCGCAACAGUCUGAACAAGUGUGUAUUGAACGUAUUUAAAAAUUCUAUUGCAUUCCCAAGUGGCCGUAUGAGGUGUGAAAGCGUGUAGAAAUAGGCUUUGAACGCUAUGUGUAUUUACGUUUGGCUUUAUAUAUGCAAAUUAGAUCAAAAUUUUAUUUAAAUUGUGUAAAUGAGUAUAAAUCAAAGGUCAGAUAUAGAAAAGUAGACCAAAAAAAUGUUUAUUCAUAAUUUGCUUAUGAUCAAAUUAUAAAUGGAAUUUAAAUUGAAAUAUAUGGACUAGUACAAAAAGAUGAUGUAGCAAAAUUAAAAUAACUCCUUGAAAUGGGUAUUUUGGUAUAGUUGAUAGUUUAAUUGAACAAAUCAACUCAUAUUUAAAAUAACAAGAAUUCUAAAAUGUGUUUAUUGCAUUUAAUUUUUAACAUAAUCUAUUUUGAGAGAUUUUAUCUUAAAAUUUAACUGAACAUGGCUAGUGGUAUAGUAUCUUUAAAUAUAUCAAGUGAGGCCUUGUAUUUAACUCAACCUAUUGAAAUACUGUUUUAAGAUUCAACUAUCUAUAAUUGCAUAAUACUAAAGAGUGAAACAUGUUUUACACGCCUGUGUAUUGUUUAUACGAAUUUUAAUUUUUACACUUAGUUUAAAAAAGUAUAUUAGUCAAUUGUUCAAAAAUGUAAUUCUAUUUGUAUGAAUGAUAGGGGUCUUCCCUGUACGGGGUACGUGUUACACAAUACAGUGUUAUUAUUAUAACAAUGUUCAUAAAUUUUAUAUACCUUUAAACGAUUAAUAUAUUUGAAAAUAAUCAAGUAAUUAUUACAUUUUAAUCAAAUACUUCAUGACAAUCAGAAAUGUUUACGAACGAGGUCCAAAUAUUGGGUGCCUUAUUGAAGGUAUUUUAUUUAGUUUUUAUGGUAUACACGUUUGUAUACAAUAUUUUAAGCAUGUAUUUAUAUUAGUUAUUUAUAUAAUAUAAAGUUCCUAUAUAUAUGCUAAUCUAUGUCAUUAAAUGUUUUAUUGUAAUGGUAUUUUAUGUAUUGAUUUUUUUUUUGUCUUUCAUUAUAUUGUAGCUCAUAUAAUUUGUUUUACAAUUACAGAACGGUUCCACUUGAAAUGUGUGUUUAUUUUCUAAGCUCGCUUAUGCAAUUCAUCUCAUCUUUCAAUAGCCAUAGCUCUAUAUCUGUUUGGUGCAUAAAAGUUAAGUCUGUCGUAAACCCAUUAAUAAAACAAAAGUUAAUACCGUAAGCAACGCUGUUAGUUACAUAUAUUUGUACUAUAAAAUUGUAUCUUAAUUUUACCUAACUGUCUGCUCAUAGAUUAGCUCAGAAUAUUCGUGUGAGAUUUAGUGCAUUGUUUGAAAAAGAAAAAAAUGUUUGUUAUAGUGUAGACGAAUUAGUGCACUUUUUUAAAUUAUUAUCAA